UUCUUCCUCCGCUCUCAGAAAAGCCAAAAACCCUAAACAGAAAACCUCGCAAAAAUUAUUAUAAUUUGAAAAAAAAAAAUACUUCGAAACAAACAAAUCUUUAUUUAUUAAAAGAAAAAGAAAAAAAAACAGACAAAAUUUCAGUGACCCACUCUUCUUCUUCUUCUUCUUCUUCUUCUUCUGAGUUCUAACCCAUAAUUCAAUAAUCCAAAGCAAAGCUUCUCGAACUCAUAUCACAUAUAUAUAUAACUUAUAUUAUCAUGCACACACAAUCUCCCAAUAUAUUGUUUUUUUAUGAAAAUGAAACCCUAAAAUGUUAACACAAAAAGUCUGGAAUGGUUGAAUUUGAAUUUUGUCAAGGCAAAACCCAACAAACCAAACAUUUUCUCACAUUUCAUCAUGAUUGAUUGUUAUCAUGCUCACCAUGCAUCGCCACCACCACCACCAGCCCUCCUCGCACUCUAUCAAUCCCUCUUCCACCGCCGCCGCCACCUCCACCACUGUCGCCGCCACUACCACCAUCAACAACAACAACGCCACCAACAGCAGCAACAAUUCCGCCUCCCUUAGGUCCCCCACUCCUACUCCUACUCCCACCACUCCCACCCCUCUCUCUCUCGCUCCUCUCUCCACCCCCACCGCUACCGCCCUCCGCCACCCUUCUGACCAUGCAAUUGGCCCGCUCCUGCCUCACCCCUCCUGUGAGACCAUGGCUGUUGCCUCCUCCUCCCCUUCCUUGGCCAGGGUUCGGCUUUCGGAGAUUGCUCUUUACGAUGGUGCCCCUGCUGCGCCCUAUCUGAGGGCUGUGGAGGCCCUCUCUGGCUCCUUGAUGAGGCACAAUGCGGCGGUCAUUGAAUUGGGAAGCGACGAUGCUGCUGUUAUGCGCUGCGGCUUGGAAGCUGCUAGAUUGUAUUUUAGGAGUAGGGCUCAGCAGAGUGGCGGGAAGGGAGGCCGUAGUCUUUACAUGUACAGGUCUGGAAGGGCUCUGGAAGAUUGGGACUCGUCUCCUCCUUGCAUGGCUGAUAUUUUUAGAUGCAUGGGGAGGGCUUCACGUGCUGCUCUUUGUGCAAUAGCAAGGCAUCUUCGAUUGCGAAGCGAUGUUUUUAAUCACUUACUUGAUGACAUGCCGUUGCCUGCUAAUGAGGUGUCGUCAUCAGUGCUUGUUGCUUCCUACUCAAAUUCUUCCAUGCCGAAUGUAAAAGGUACCACAGGAGGAGGGAAGCCUGGAAUAAAUGGAGAGAUUGAAAAGGGAUUGUUGACAUUAUUUUCAUCGGAUAGUCCUGGUCUGCAGGUCUGUGAUCCCAAUGGUCGCUGGUAUUUAGCAGACAGCGGAUUAAGUCCUGGGGAUCUUUUACUUCUUACAGGGAAGGCACUUAGCCAUACUACUGCUGGUCUUCGUCCGGCUGCAUCUUAUAGAGCUUCUUCUGAAUACUUGGCCAAUAAUGGUGGUGGAAGGGCAUCACUAGCAUUUAGACUUAUGCCACAAGGCAAUGCUGUAUUAGAUUGUUCUCCAAUUGCAGCGGCUGGUCAUAUCAUUCCACAGAGUUAUGUGCCAAUAUCUGUUAGCCAGUUUAUGGAUGAUCUUUCAGCCGAGGAAGACAUUUUGUGUAGUCGAUCAGACAAUAAUUAUAUAGCUCGGAAUAAUUUGAAUACGGAACCAUCAUUAAGAAGUGUUCUCUCAGAUCCGUUAUCUGGUUCAUUUCUCGAAGAUGCUACAUUUGUUUCAUGUGGACAUUCAUUUGGUGGUCUAAUGUUGAGGAGAGUUAUUGAAAUGUCCAGAUGUACCCUCUGCAGUCAAGAAAUUGAGACUGGGUCGAUGAUCCCAAAUAUUGCUCUAAGAGCUGCUGCUGCAGCUGUGAAGUAUGAGGACAAUCGCAGGCUUUUUCAUAAUGCUGCUCUCAGAAAGCGUCGGAAAGAGUUGGGUGAUCAAAUGGAUCCAUUGAGGAGACCAAACAGGGAAAAUGGUGAUGUUGGCGAAGAUGGGCUGCAUCGUGGUGUGCAAUAUCCAUUUUCAGUAAAUGAAAAAGUGGUAAUUAAGGGCAACCGGAGGACACCAGAAAAAUUUGUGGGCAAGGAAGCUGUCAUUACUUCUCAAUGUCUUAAUGGCUGGUACUUGCUUAAGAUUCUCGAAAGUGGUGAAAAUGUCCGCCUGCAAUAUCGCUCUUUGAGGAAGAUCCAAAGUCCGUUUGGUGUCGAGGAAAGAUGCUCAUCACAGCCUGUUCAGAACAGCAGCUCAUAGAAACAACAUUUCAUUCAGUGCUAAAUGCUCUCUAAACCUUAAUGGUAAUAUAUGGCCAGAAAUUCCUGGUAAUGGUCCUAUUCCAGUUCUUUUGCAAGUUUGAUGAUGUAUUUCAAUGUACCUUAUAAGUAUUUGAGAGAUUUGUAGUCAUUUUUAGGUGAGUUCUCUGUUAGACACUUGUAAAUAGAGGCAGUAGUUGUGGUCUAACAUUGAGAGCUACAAUUUGCUGUUAAAAUUAAAAUAUAUAUUUUUUUCUUCCUUGUAUGAAUUAUUCAAGUGGAGAAUGAGCUUCAAAAAAGAGUUCUGAAUCUUUUCUUUUUGAA